UACAAAAUAUUAAAAACAUUAUUCAUCAACAUGAUCUCCCAAAAAUUGGCUUUAUUUAUUUUAGUAAUUACCCUAUUCUUACAGUGUAAUUGUCAACUUACAUUUACACCAGUUUGGGGAAAACGAAAUAAUGGAGCGAUAUAUGGAACAGGAGUCCAAAAUGAAAAUUGUAAAAGUUCUACUGAAAUUCUACUUGAUAUUUUCCGAUUAAUACAAACUGAAUCACAAAAAUUUUUGGAUUGUAAUCCAAAAGCUUAACAAAAACGUACUUUAAGAAAGUUACUAUGAUGGAAACAAUUUUAAUUUCAAAUGCAAACUAAAAUGCCAAAAAGAAAAAAAAAAUUUAAGACAUAAAAUUUCGAACUA